CUUCUGUUUCACCUCCUUCACUCUGUCCCCCCGACUUGUCUCCUUCCGAGGAUCCUCCUCUUGCCCAAGAGUUGAGGAUCCCAGGGCUGCAUCACUGUCGAUAUGGACCGGCAUGUCGGCAGGGCUCAGGAAGGUCGUGGGCGGGUUCACAUGAUUCGGCGAAGAGGAUAACUCUGUGAAUGUCCCAAGUCAGUCUCAUGCUGUGAAGCCCCGACAAGACAAGGAGACAGAAACACCAAGGUAAAUAUAUGAUACUAUGAUACUCUGCAACACUUUUGUCUGUGAUGGAUUUGAGAGUGCCAUGGGAGACCAUCUGCAGACUGGCAGCCCUUGUGACUGUGGGCUUGUUGACUCGCUAGACAAGCUGGCAAAGAGAGAGACUGGGAUUGAGGGACAACUUACCAAGAGACACUGACAGCGACACACCACACAUUGAGGCAAGCAACUUCAGUGAAUGUCCGACGAGCAAAAGGAUGGACAAUGAAUGGGCAACUGUCCUAAGGACUCAGGCUGGAUAAUGGGAGGCUUCAAGUUCUGGCUGUGUCGGGCCUGGCUGCAGUGAUGUCUUGAGUCUGCUAGAACUGUUCAUGUUCCGCUUGCAUUGCCAGACACUGGAAGCAUUGCAGCUCAUGCCAAAGCAGAGCAUUGCAGGGCAUUACAUGCAGUGCAGUGGUCCGUUGCUGUGAUGCAGUGCCUCUUAAGCUCGGGCUCUGGCUCUGGCUCUGGUCUGGCACUGGGAUACUCAUGUUGCCAGGACUGUGAGCUGCACUGGCAAUGCUCUGUUCUGUGCCGUUCCGUGACAGUCCUGCCAUGACUGCCCUUCUACAUGAUGAUGUCGUGGCCUUCCGUCUGAUUCCCUGCUGCGUUGAGAUGCACUGCGUUGUCCAAUCCCAAUUGUAUGCUGGGAUCCACGGUUGCUCUCGUGCGGCUGGGAAUGAUGUCGUCCUGCACUGGCAGUUGCCGUGGGUGUCUCUCACCUUCCGCCCUCACCGUCGCCCCGGUCGAUCACACGCAGGCUCAUGAUUCGCCGUCGUCGAUGCUGCACGCUCGCCCAAUUGGGAAUUUCUGGAUUUGCUGCUGCCUACAAGUAUCUGCUCUUUUUCUCAACUCAACUCUCUUUCCAAAAAAUUUCUCUCCCUCUCACCCACCUGCACAGUCUCUACCAGACCACCUUUACAUUCCCUAUUCCUCCCUUGUACAUCCGUUUCUCUGCUAUUGCAAGUUCCUACACUCGUUGCAGCGCAUCUUUGCAUCUCUCUCGCUAUCGAUAACUACCUAGGUAGUCAUCGC